AUGGCGCCCCGAAGGGCUCUUCCAGGGGCGGUGGCACUUCAAGGGAUGUCCCACGGGUGUGGACGCCCCCAGAGUCCCUCCUCUAGGCGGUGGCUCCACAAGCGUUCCUCCCAGGGACGCCCUCUAUCAGGAGCCCUCAACCUUGCUUGGGACGCUCCCAGGGGCCCUCCCAAAAGCGGCUGUGACCCCAGGGCUUUUCCAGGUUGUAGUGGCUCCCUGAGGGGCUCUGCCAGGGGCGAAAGCGUCCCCAGGGACCCUCCCAGGGGUAUCGGAAGCCCUACCAGGGAAGGCGCCGACCCCGGGGCCUUCCCAGAACCGGUGCGCCCCCAGGGUUCCCCCCAGUGUAAAAACAACUGCAUCAGGGGCCUUCCCAGAGGCGGUGGCUCCCCAAUGGAGCUCCCAAGAACCGUGGUGCUCCCAGGUGCCCUUCCAGGGUCUACGGCACACCCAGGGUUCUUCCUAGGGGCGGCAACGCCCCCAGGGGCCAUCGGACGCUCCCAGGGGCCCUCCCAAAAGCGGCUGCGACCCCAGGGCUUUUCCAGGGAUAAUGGCUCCCUGAGGGGCUCUGGCAGGGACCAAAGCGUCCCUAGGGACCCUCCCAGGGGUAUCAGAAGCCCUACCAGGGAAGGCAUCGACCCCGGGGCCUUCCCAGAACCGGUGGCGCCCCCAGGGUUCCCCCCAGGUGACCUGUAG